GGAGACACCCAGCCAAGAAAGGCACCAUGGCUUCCACCAGCGCCGAGAGCCAGCUCCAGAGAAUCAUCCGAGAUUUGCAAGAUGCUGUGACGGAACUAAGCAAAGAAUUUAAGGAAGCAGGGGAACCCAUCACAGAUGACAGCACCAGUUUGCAUAAGUUCUCUUAUAAACUUGAGUAUCUCCUACAAUUCGAUCAGAAAGAAAAGGCCUCCCUUCUGGGCAACAAGAAGGACUACUGGGAUUACUUCUGUGCCUGCCUGGCCAAGGUGAAAGGAGCUAAUGAUGGGAUCCGGUUCGUAAAGUCUAUCUCGGAGCUUCGAACAUCUCUGGGGAAAGGAAGAGCAUUUAUUCGCUACUCCUUGGUGCACCAGAGGCUGGCGGACACCUUACAGCAGUGCCUCAUGAACACCAAAGUAACGAGCGACUGGUACUAUGCAAGGAGCCCCUUUCUGAAGCCAAAGCUGAGCUCUGACAUUGUGGGCCAUCUCUAUGAGCUGACUGAGGUCCAGUUUGACCUGGCAUCAAGGGGCUAUGACUUGGAUGCCGCCUGGCCAACAUUUGCCAGGAGGACACUGGCCACCGGCUCUUCUGCCUACAUGUGGAAACCCCCCAGCCGAAGCUCCAGCAUGAGCAGUUUGGUGAGCAACUACCUGCAGACUCAAGAGAUGGCCUCCAGCUUCGACCUGAACAGUCCCCUAAACAAUGAGGCAUUGGAGGGCUUUGAUGAGAUGCGGCUGGAGCUGGACCAGUUGGAGGUGCGGGAGAAGCAGCUACAGGAGCGCCUGCAGCAGCUGGAUGGAGAGAACCAGGAGCUGAGGGCAGCUAUCAGCUCUCAGGGGGAGCAGCUAAAGAUGGAGAGGGAGAGGGGGCGCACUGCAGCAGAAGACAACAUUCGCCUCACUCGCAUGGUGGCUGAACUCCAGAAACACUGGGAGGUCACCCAAGCCACCCAGAACACUAUGAAGGAGCUGCAGAUGUACCUGCAGGCCCUGGAGUUGGGUGCAGCAGAAAAGGAGGAAGACUGCCACUCAGCCCUGCAACGGCUGGAGUCCAUGCUGCAACCUUUGGUGCAGGAGCUUGAGGCUGCACAGGACUCACUGAGCAGGAAGAACCAGCAUUUUGCCAGUGUCCGAGACUGGCUGGCCACAGCUGAGCAGAAGGCAGAUACAGCACUGGGCACAGAGGGGCAGCAAGAGCCCAUUACUGGUGACUCAGCCCUGGAGAUUCAGAGGCUGGAGGAGAAGCUUCGAGCACUAGAAGGGGAGAGCUCCAAGGUCCAGGAGCUCAACAAGCAACAGACCACCCAAUUGGAGCAGCUGGCCAAGCAGCUGCAGCUGAAGGAGGAGGCCCGUGCCAGCCUGGAGCGGAUGGUGGAAGAGAUGGCCCCACUCCGGGAAGAGCUGUCCGGGAAGGGAAAGGAGGCAGCCCAGCUCCAGCGACAGCUUCAGGAGUCACUGGCACACUUGAGCUCCCUGGAGGAGGAGCUGGCAGAGGUUAGACGGGAGGAACAGCGGCAGCAGGAGGAGAAGGAGCUGCUGGAGCAAGAGGCCAGGUCUCUGACCCGGCAGCUGCAGCUCCUGGAGACCCAGCUGGCCCAGGUGAGCCAGCAUGUGAGUGACCUGGAGGAGCAGAAGAAGCAGCUCAUCCAGGACAAAGACCACCUCAGCCAGAAGGUGGGGACACUAGAGCGGCUUGCUGAGCAGCCAGGCCCAGAGCUGCCCUUGAUGGGUGAUAAGAGCAAGGCUCUGGCCCUCCUGAACUCCACCCUGCAACAAGCCUGCAAGAUGCCAGAGGAGGGGCAGAGGGGCCUUCCAGAGGUAGAGAUGGACGAUACCAAGGUGCAAGGGGGUGACCAGGAGGAGAAGCUUCAACAGGCCAACAGGGAGCUAGAGAAGGAACUGCAGAAUGUGACUGGGCGCAACCAGCUCCUAGAGGGCAAGCUGCAGACCCUGCAGGCUGAUUACCAGGCUCUGCAGCAGCGGGAGGCAGCCAUCCAGGGCUCCCUGGCCUCCCUGGAGGCUGAGCAGGCCAGCAUCCGGUGCUUGGGUGACCAGAUGGAGGCGAGCCUCCUGGCUGUAAGGAAGGCCAAGGAGGCCAUGAGAGCCCAGGUGGCAGAGAAGGAGGUUGCCCUGCAGAGCAAGGAGGGUGAGUGCCAGCAGUUGCGAGAGGAGGCGGAGCAGUGCCGGCAGCUAGUAGAGGCCCGGGACCAGGAGCUCAGGGUUCUUGAGAGCCAAUGCCACCAGCAGACCCAGCUGAUUGAGGCCCUCACAGCAGAAAAAGGCCAGCAGGUGCUCGGCCCACCCCCAGAUGGUGCAGCCCAUGAGCUAGCGGCCCAGCUGGCCCUGUCUCAGCCACAGCUGGAAGUCCAUCAGGGGGAGACCCAGCGGCUGCAGGCUGAGGUGGUAGACCUCCAGGCCAAGCUCCAGGCAGCACUGGAUGACCGGGACAAGGUACAGAGCCACCUGAGUGUGGCCGAGGCAGUCCUGAGGGAGCACAAGACCCUUGUGCAGCAGCUGAAAGAGCAGAACGAAGCCCUCAACAGGGCCCACGUCCAGGAGCUGCUGCAGUGCUCAGAGCGUGAAGGGGCGCUUCAAGAGAAGAGGGCCAGUGAGGCCCAGCAAAGGGAGGAGGAGCUGCGGGCCCUGCGGGAAGAGCUGUCACAGGAGAAAUGCAGCUCCCAGGAUGCCCAGCUGGAGCAUGUGGAGCUGCAGGAGCAGCUGCACCAGGCCAACACGGAUACUGCUGAGCUUGGCAUCCAAGUCUGUGCACUGACUGCAGAGAAGGCACGGGUGGAAGGGGCGCUGGCCUGUGCUGCCCAGGAACUUCGGGACUCCAAAGAGGCAGCCUCAAGGGAGCGAGAGGGCCUGGAGUGCCAAGUGGCAGGGCUGCAGCAAGAAAAGGAGAUCCUGCAGGAGAAGCUGAAGGCAGCUGAGGAGGCAGCCAACUCACUACCUGGCUUGCAGGCCCAGCUGGCCCAGGCUGAGCAGCAGGUCCAGAGCCUCCAGGAGACUGCACACCAGGAGCUCGACACCCUCAAGUUCCAGCUAAGUGCUGAGAUCAUGGACUACCAGAACAAACUUAAGACCACCAGUGAAGAGUGCAGGAGCCUCAGAGGCCAGCUGGAGGAGCAAGGCCGGCAGCUGCAGGCCGCCAAGGAGGCUGUGGGGAAUCUGAAGGCCACCCAAACAGACAUGGAAGAGAAGCUGAGCUUCACCAGCAACCAUCUUACAGAGUGCCAGGCUGCCCUGCUGAAGAAGGAGAAGGAGGGGACCAUCCUGCGUGAAAACCUGGAGAGGACCCAGAAGGAACUUGAAAAAGCCACAACAAAAAUCCAAGAGUAUUACAACAAACUCUGCCAGGAGGUGACAAACCGGGAGAAGAAUGAUCAGAAGAUGCUCGCUGACCUGGAUGACCUGAACAGAACCAAGAAGUACCUUGAGGAACGGCUGAUAGAGCUGCUGAGGGACAAGGAUGCUCUCUGGCAGAAGUCAGAUGCCCUGGAAUUCCAGCAGAAGCUCAGUGCUGAGGAGAGGUGGCUUGGGGACAUGGAGGUGAGCCACUGCCUCGACUGCAAGCGGGAAUUCAGCUGGAUGCUGCGACGGCAUCAUUGCAGGAUAUGUGGCCGCAUCUUCUGUUACUACUGCUGCAACAACUACAUCCUGAGCAAGCACAGUGGCAAAAAGGAGCGCUGCUGCCGGGCCUGUUUCCAGAAGCUCAGUGAAGGCCCUGGCUCCCCUGAUAGCAUCGGCUCAGGCACUAGCCAGGGAGAGUCACCAGCCAAAGCUGGGCACCAGGCCACAGGAGGCCAAGGAGCAAACACAGACCGCAGGCCGCCAGACGACGCCGUGUUUGACAUCAUCACGGAUGAAGAGCUGUGCCAGAUUCAGGAAUCUGGCUCCUCCUUGCCUGAAACACCCACCGAAACAGAUUGUCUGGACCCAAACGUGGCCGAACAGGACAUAUCAAACUCAGUAACACCUGAGGACAUGGAAGACAUGCCCGUAGGGCAGGAUGCUGAGAUCUGCCUGCUGAAGUCCGGAGAACUGAUGAUCAAAUUACCCCUAACAGUGGAAGAGAUUGCCAACUUUGGGGAGGGCAACAGGGAGCUGUUUGUGCGGUCCAGUACCUACAGCCUGAUCCCCAUCACAGUGGCUGAGGCAGGCCUCACCAUCAGCUGGGUCUUCUCCUCUGACCCCAAGAGCAUCUCCUUCAGCGUGGUCUUCCGAGGAGCAGAAGACACACCACUGGAUCAGUGUAAGGUCCUCAUUCCCAUGACCCGGUGCAAUUCCCACAAAGAGAGCAUCCAGGGCCAGCUCAAGGUCCGCACACCAGGCAUCUAUAUGCUCAUCUUCGACAACACCUUCUCAAGGUUUGUCUCCAAAAAAGUAUUUUAUCGCUUGACAGUUGACCGGCCUGUGAUCUACGAUGGAAGCGAUUUCCUGUAGCUUCAAGCACCUGGAUUUAAGUAGCUUUGCUUCAUCCACAGGAAACACUACUCUUCCUCACCUGACACACAAAGCACUAAAAAAAAGAAAAGCAGCUGCUCCAAAGCUCCUCCACCCUGCGGCUCUGGAAGAGAGGCCCCUGGGCUGCUCCUCAGAAGCCGCGUUGCUCAGGAGCACUGUGUUCUGAACGCUACGCACUAGUCACUCUUAGCCUGUGGAUUUUCAGGUUCAAGCAGCCUUUACGUUGAUUAGAGACCUAGCUGUCCUCACACCCAAAGGACACUCUGCCAAGGUUUAAAAACUCAGGAGACCAUCAGCCUCUCCUGGGAGCACUGUUGGUUACAGGCCUCCUGUGGAAAGUUUCACAGGCCAGAGGUGAUCCCGACUUCUGCCUGUGGAAAGAUGCCCUGCUCUGCUCCGCCCAGGUGACUGGGAGCCGGGUGCCCUGGGCGCACCCUGUGAGUCCUCAGUCUGUGAGUACCUCGGGUACCCCCAGGGAAAAGAGACCACAGGGCUGUCAUGUGAGGGUGCCAGGGCCCCCCGAGAUCCCAGCCAGCCUUCUCCUCCUGUCGUGCUCCUGUACCUUACUGCCCCAGUAAGGUC